AUGGCAAGUAAUCGUGUUGGAAAAGCAGGCAAAGUUGUUGAUUCAACCUCAUCAUCUACGAAAGUUAUUGUUGCUCGACAUCGCUCAUCUGAAGCAACACAUGUAUUGUUACGUGAACUAUCCACUCAAAAAUUAGUUAUUAUUCCAAUAAGUUGUUUGUCCGAUGCAGCAAGAAUGAAAUCGUUGUCAUCUGGACGUAAUGUUUCCUAUCGUGAUGGUAAUGGACGAGGUCAGAAACAAGGUACAAUUCUGAUUGUGAGUUCACAUGAUGACGUUCUAGCGGAACUGAAUAACCAAACAAGUAUGAAUUUAACGAAUAGUUCACAAGACCAACAAUACCAAGUGGAUUCAUUUGAAAAAAACUAUAAUAAUCAGCAUGGAUCGGUAUCUAAAUCAUCAAUCUCAGUUGAAAGUUCUUUUGUCCGAUCAUUAUCAUCAUCAUUAGUUCAAUCAGAUCUUAGUCAAGAUGUUGAUUUUCCAUCAUUAAUGCCUACUUUAUCUCCUCUUGACACAUUAAAAACAGCAACCUCGAAUUCAUCACCAUCGGAAUGUUCUACGAUUGUAAUCAAUGAGACAUCAAUGCAUGGUAAUAUGAUUCAUGCCACUGGAUACACUACUGCGCAAGAUUCAUCAUCAGUAACACCCGGCUUAGCUCCAUUGAAAAGAGCGAAAAUGGCUGCUAGUGAUGCACUUAAAGAAAUAAAGCGUCUUCAAUCAUUAGUAAAUUCCAAAGAUGAUGAAAUUAGUAAGCAAGCCGAGCAAAUAAAAAAAUUUAAAUUAGAAGUAGAGAAAAAUGCUGAAUAUUCUAUAUUUAUUCCAACUGACGAAAUCGUCAUCAACUGGGUUGAUUAUUUGUAUGAGUCGAUUCAUAAAACAGAAAUUCGAAAUCAAGUAGAUUUAGAUGCAAUAGCAAUUGGACUUAAUAUUGAACGAGAUACAUUAGAUUUAUGUUUGGAAUUAUCUGUUAUUCGAGAAGAACAUUGUUGGCAUAAUAUUGAUGAGAACAUUAUUUUUAAAAUAUGCAGAUUUGUUCGUGAGUUCUUUGGUGUUAGUCAUAAAUUUAAUGAUGAUUAUGUACGUGAAUCUUUAGCAAAUAUGAUGAGAAAAGAUUCAUGGAAAUUUCGUAACCCUGAUAAAUCGAAACCAUCAGCUAAACAAUUAAGUUCAACAAGUAGCAAAGCACCAUCAAAAAAAGAUGACGAUACAAACAGUAGUGGCGAUGGUGUUAUUUAUGUUGACGAUAAACAGUUUUAA